AUUUUGUAUCACUCAACCCAGUCGCAGCAUAACACACGCAGAGAAACAUUCAUAAGAGUGAAGGGGAUUUUCUGAUCUGUUCUGAUGAAUUGCUCCAAUGUAACCCAAGUGACAAUGUCCUCUCUACAAAAAUUCAGUAUGACUGUCAUCAUCCCUGUGUUCUUCUUUGGCAUCAUGUGCAAUAGCCUGGCCCUAUGGGUUUUCUGUUGCAAAAUGAAGAAAUGGAAAGUCACUGUUGUAUACAUGGUCAACCUUAUCAUAUCCGAUAUUCUAAUCCUAACGACCUUUCCCUUUCGACUAUAUACCUACUUUUACUCUUCAAGCUUAGGAAAUGACCUGUGCAAAGCAUUAGUUUCCCUUUAUUUAAUGAAUACGUACAUGAGCAUCUUUACAAUCGCUACUAUAUCGGUCGAUCGCUAUUUAGCAAUCAGAUUUCCUGUGAAAUCCAAGCUUUGGCGGUCUCCUGGGAAGGCUGCCGGUAAAUGUUGCAUGCUGUGGCUGUUCCUAAUUUCUAUAUCUACAGUGUUGGCAUUGAAAAUAGAUUACAUUAUCCCCGUCUGCUUCCAAAAGGUCAGCAACACCCCAAAUGGAUUAUUUGUGCUUUUUGCUGUCGUUGGGUUUAUAGUCCCAUUGAUCAUUAUAAGCUUCUGCACUAUACAGGUGAUCAGAACCCUUUAUGGUAAAGAAACAAAAGAUGCCAAUGAGCAAAGGUCAGUCAGGAAAGCCAUUAACAUUAUCCUUUCUAACCUGGUGGUGUUUGUCAUCUGUUUCUUACCAGUCCACAUGGGAUAUAUCAUUCGCUUUGUGGCCGAAACUGUCGAAGCCACUUGCCACACCCUAGAACAAAUACAAGUCUUCAGUAAUGUGGCAACAUUGGUGGCUAACUCUAACUGUGUCCUGGACUCACUGUGCUAUUAUUUCGUAGCAGGUGAAUUUUGGAAGGCUUCGGAUCUGUCACCACAGAUUAAAUACUCACAUGCAAAAAAGAGAACUCUUGCAGCUGAGUAGCUUCCAGCAAGUUCUACCAAGCAACAUAAAGCUCUCCUACAGACUUGAGUAAUACCAUGGCCCUACCUGCACUGACAGCUAGCAUUUUAGGGCAAAGCCGCUUUGGAAUUUAUUGUUUUAUGUUCAGCUCUUUAUUGCAUUCAAGACAUACAGUGCCAAGCACUUUGCUUUAAACCUUUUUUAACAACAAGUGCCUACAUAGAGAUACACACUAAAGCACCAUGUUUAUCACAA